ACGUCGAUAAGUGGAUCAAGAGGCAUCAACAGGAGAAAUUAUUCAAGCUGAUGCAAGCAACCAUACUUGCAUUUAAGUUCAACCCUGCAUAUUCAUAACUCCGUACGCUAACACAAAAAAAGCAUCCAAACUCAAUCCUCUCACCUCCACCUCACGUUCCUUCCCCGGUUGCCACCAUCACCAACCCUUUCUCUCGACUCCUGAAAUCAAAUUCCAUUAUGCAACUCCAUUUUCAUCAUCAUCAUCCAUGGCCCGUAUCUAAUCUCUCUACCUUCUCCCAUUCCCUCCCCAUACAUCUAAUUCCCUCUUCUUAAGACAUGACUCUUCCUUAUGGUUUACCAGCAAAUAGACAAGAGACACCCUAGUCCUGCUAUUUGUUUUGUGUUAUGUGCACAGCUAUGCAGUGACAUGGAACAAGGAGAGGGAUAAGAACAGGCGUAUGAAUGAAUCAACUACGAAUCAGCUUAACUCAAGUGAAGACUUUCUUGGAAAACUCUUGGUUUAGGACGACCACCAGUGGGUAGAAGAACCUGAUCUUUUGGCUAUCUUGACACUCUGGUUUGGUUUGGUUGGAGCAGCACUUUUGUUACAAAGAUAGUGAAAGAGAUUAUGGUUUCGUUAUGUUACUGAAAAAAAUAUUGGAGUAUGAGAUUUGGAAGAUCAAGAAGCUGCAUCUAACGGUAAUAUAUUCUAAUUAGCCAUAAUGAUAAAUUGAUAAUCAACAUUCAUAAUCUUACCUUAUGUAAAUGUCAUCAAAAGUUUCAUAAACUGGAAAGUAGCCGUUGGAUCAUUGGAAAAGAAAAGGAAACAAAAGAGAAUACAAAUAAGUGAAAGAUGUGCUGAAUCUUUUUGAAAUAAGUCAAAUCCUUGUUCUUAGAUUUUCACAAUCUUUUUGUAAUCUUUCUUCUCUCUUUAGAAAAUCUGUGAUGAAUCCUAAAAGAUGUGCUGCUUGCAGAUAUCUGAGAAGAAGAUGUCCAAAAGAUUGCGUUUUCUCACCUUAUUUCCCUCCAAACAAUCCUGAAAAAUUUGCAUGUGUCCACAGAAUCUAUGGUGCUGGAAAUGUUUCCAAAAUGCUUCAGCAACUUCCUGUUCAGACAAGAGCUGAAGCAGUGGAAUCUUUAUGCUUUGAAGCAACAUGUAGAAUUGAAGAUCCUGUUUAUGGAUGUGUUGGGAUGAUUUCUUUACUCCAGACUCAAAUCCAGAAAACUGAAAGUCUUCUGGCUAGAACUCAAGCUGAGAUCACUGUUGCUCAAAUCAAACAUAGCCAAAACCAACAUUCUGAGUUUAUGUAAUAUCUCAGUUUCAUCUAAUAAAAUUCCAAAUAAAAAAAAUCUCUUCUACAUCUCUUUUGCUGAUUGCGUCUCUACUCUCUUGUACGCAUUUGUAUCUAAAGGUUGCUUGUCUCAGGAAGAUAUCGAUAAAAUUUUGUGUAAAAAGUUCAUGUUCUGUC